AUGUCUGACCCUGAAGACGCAUCUCCUGCUGGAGAGCGAGUCGCCGACUUCGAAAACCGAGAUCCUGCCGUAGGAAACGACGACGAGGCCGAUGUCCCCCAGCUCGAGCAGCCAGACUCACCGGAAGACCCAAGCUCUGUGAAUGUGGAAGAAGAGGAGAAGAACCAUGUUAUAGAUGCGAACCUACUAGAGCCGCCUGUUCAAAAUGGGGACAUUUCUGAGAUUACAUCGGCGGAUGCGAGCUCCAUCGAUGCGAUCCCGCGGAGGGCGGGGAGUCCGAUUGAAUCCGUUACCUCUGCACCGGGAGAUUCUCCGUCGGUUCAGGGCUCGCGCGUAUCCUCCCCAAGUAGCAGUGUACUGCCGUCGUUUGCCUCCCGUCCGGGCAUCAGUAGUCCCACGCCGUCCUUCCGACCCUUCGAUCGACGGUUCCAAUCCCGAAUAGCAUCAUUCAACACCCUCAGCCCUCGUCCAUCGACUCCUACAUUUGCGCCAAAUCACAGUCGCCAUGCCUCCUUUAAUUCCAAUUUCCCGUCAGACCAAGCCGAUACUGACACACCGUCGCCCCCAUGGGAGGUUGUGAGGUGGACAAGGCUGAAGAAGCUAAACAGCUAUGCAUUCUCGGAAUCAGGGAGGCGUAAUUUCGGAUCCCCUACGUGUCUUGCCGUGUCUGCCUCAAUUGUUUUGGGAACCUCUAAAGGAAUAAUCUUAAUUUUUGAUUACAGUCAAAAUCUUAAAACCAUCAUAGGACCCGGCACCAAAGCUAUCGAAUCUGGGCCCAUUACUGCUCUUGCUAUAUCGGCAGAUCAUACCAUUAUAGCCGGAGGCCAUGCGAGUGGUAGUAUCUUCACUUGGGACACCGCGCGACCCUCACGGCCCUUUCUCACAAUCUCACAUCUGGACGAUUCUCAAGUACAAAACAGGACAGUCGAUGGUCACAUGCCUGAGGCCUCUGUAAUCCAUCUAGGGUUCCUGGGGACUCGACAUACAGCUCUUGUGUCCGCUGAUGACCGUGGAAUGGCAUUCUCUCAUCUUGCCACUAGGGGUACCGGGCCGCUUGGAAGAACGGUCAAGACUACGAGAAUAUUAGGCCGGUAUCCAAAUGCGCCCACGCUGCCAGGCAAAACAAUAAAGCCUAGCACUGUCCUCGCUUUUGCACCUCUACCGCUAGGAAAUGUUGAGCGCACGACCGACAAGAUGGGACUGACUGCCAUGUUGACCCCGUAUCUACUCGUCAUUGUGUCCACGACCCCAGUGGCGCAGACCCAACACAAGUCAGCGCGCCCCAAGGACGUUCCAGCUCAUAGCGCGAUGACCGGUUGUUUGGCUUGGUUUCCUGCUGUGAGCCUCAAGGUUGCAGACACACACACUGGCUCGACCCUCUCAAAAGCGAAGCUAGCGUAUUGUUGGUCUAAUGUGCUUACAGUACUGGAUGUGGAUGAGAUUCCUGGCGAAGAUAGUGAUCCGCCAUCAUUGAGAUUUAAAGCUCGAAGCAGGUGGAAAUGUGAAGAGGCUAUUGCUGCGGUGCAGUGGCUCAGCCGCUCUGUGCUGACAGUCUUGACCAUCUCCCAAAGACUGAUUGUCCUUGAGGACAGAACUAUGCGCAUGACGGAAGCAUUUGAUCUAUUGGAGAGAUACAUCUACCACACUGACCUUUUCUCCCAGCAGCUGCAUAGCCUUGUGGAACAUUUAGACGAGAAUGAUGUGUCCAUGCAUGGAGUUGUAGCCGAUGCAUUUUAUAUGAGCUUCAAGGCAUACAAAGGGAGAAUGUUCCUCUUAGGUUUCAACGAUGUGGCUAUAGGGGCAUUAUCAAAUUGGGCAGAUCGACUCAUUGCAACAAUGGAGCAUGGUGACUACAUAGGGGCUAUCCAGCUGGCUACCUCGUACUACACUGGUGACACCAAUAAACUGACAGUCGGCCUCCCCGAUGAUACUGAGUUGAGGCACAGCAUGGUUCGCGACAAGAUUAUGGAGAUUACGAGUGCCUCCCUAAAAUACGCCUUUGCACAAAGGCAGAAGAACAAGGCGUCUGUGGAUGAUGACCAUUUGAAACAGCUGGCUGAAACGUGCUUCUUGGCGUGUCAAACUGUUGGCAACACUGAUUAUCUGUUUGAGGAGCUGUAUGAAUGGUAUAGCGAUGCCGAUGUCGAGGGAAUAUUUCUUGAAACACUCGAGCCUUUUGUCCUCGACCAGACCAUCCGCAUCGUUCCGCCCACGGUGGUCAAGGAUAUGGUCAGCUACUAUGUCACCAAAGGCUGGGAAAGCAGGCUUGAGGAACUGAUAUGCCACAUGGAGACUGCAACUCUAGACUUGGAUCAGCUCACAAUUCUCUGCAAGCAGCACAACCUGUAUGAUGCGCUUACCUAUGUCUGGAAUCAAGCUCUGCAAGACUACAUUACUCCAAUGAUCGACCUACUUAGUCUCCUGGUCCCGUUGAUGUCGAAUGGAGAUUCUAUUCCCGACAAUACGACGGACGAUUAUUACGGCGUCAAUGCAGUCAAGAUAUUCCCUUAUCUAUCUUACACCCUCACAGGGCGAGUAUAUCCAAGCGGCGAAGUCAUGGACGAAGAGACGGCGAAUAGGGCCAAGGCCGAGAUUUAUUGGUUUUACUUUUCUGGAAAGACUAUUUCAUGGCCCAAGGGCAGCGGUAGAGAAUUUCUCACAAGGACCGACGGAGAAUCAGAGCCUGCAUUCCCCUAUCUGAGGAUGAUUCUCAAAUUUGAUGCCCCAAGUUUCCUCAGCGCCCUUAACGAAGCAUUUGAAGAUUCCUUCCUAAACGAUUCUUCCGAGACACGACCCAACGGCAGCACCUCCAGGGCAGACAUGCCCGAAGAGCAAAUCUUUGGUCUGACAAUUAACCGACAAUACGUUUUAUCCAUCUUGCUUGACGUAAUGAAUCCCUCAGAUUUUGCACCGGCAGAUACCAUCUAUCUCGACAUGUUCAUUGCUCGAAACCUUCCCAAGUUUCCCCAAUAUCUGCUAUUCUCUGGCACAACCUUGUCAAAAGUCCUCACCGGACUUUGCAACUACCCUGGCCCCGAUCUUGCCGAAGAUGCACAACUGAGCGCAGAAUACCUGCUGUCGGUUUAUCACCCUUCGGAUAUGCCUGCGCUGAUGCCAUUGUUCAAAAAGGCAGGCUUCUACCGAAUUCUGAAACGAAUAUACAAGGUUGACAAACAAUUUGGAAAGCUUGUGCAGACGUUCUUUGAAGAUCCGGAGGACCAAGACUUGGUGUUUGAAUGUAUUGCGGAGUGCCUGCGGCCUCACAGUGAACUUAGCCAGAGACAGCAAGAUGAAGUCUUGACCGUUGUCGAAAACCACGCGAGAGACUUGCUUGAACUAAGUCCCGAGCGCUCGGCCUCAACCUUUGCACUACAAACGACUGAACUGCACCAACAUAUUCUUAAUUCUGCCGAUGAUGCCCCUGAGCUACAGCAUGCUUAUCUAAAGACAUUGCUAGGGCCAGAAGAUCCGCUGGUGGAUGAACAGCUAAUGCAUGAGCGGCUGCUCGUUGAACGAUAUGUUCGGUUAAUGUGUAAGUUUGACGCACAACACGUGUCAGACUAUAUUGGGCUCGUCCAGUCGGUCGAUCUUCAGUUGGACAACUUAUUACCCACCAUGGAAGAAACGGGUGUGGUGGAUGCAGCCGUUGUGCUUAUGGCCCGGGCAGGACAAGUUGCCACGGCUAUGGAUCGAUUAGUCCGUCACUUGGGUACGCUCGAAUCAACUAUGGAAGCCCUUUUGCGCUCAUCCAGCACAGAAGGCGGAGAAGAGAGCAGUGCGCCGUCGUUGGAACCAUCUGCUGAGGCUCUUCUCGAAAGCUUGCAGAAUUAUGUCCAUGUUGGGAUUUGGUUAUGUCAGGAGCAGACAAAAUCUACAAGGAGAGUCAGUGUAGUCUCGAAGAACAAGACUGGCCAGGAGAACUUGUCAGCAGAUGAAGGCCUCUGGCUGAGCCUGAUCGGUGCCUGUGUCCAAGUCACCCAAAAUCUGGCCCCAGUUAUACAAACCUCUGCGAGCAAAGGUGCCCUUGAUGAGGAGAAGCUGUUGGCGAAGCUGCGAUCGCUCGUGCAGCAUACUUUCACCUCUCUUCUUGUUUCCACUUCGAGCCAAGCUUCAAAUCAAACAAAUGGCCAGUUGGGCCCCAAUGCUUUAUCAAGCACAGGGUCCAAUCUCUCGUUCUUACGAAUAUUGAGAGCGUUCCUCACAAAGGCAGCAGCAUCAUCACCAAGCUUGGCGGAUCUUCGCAGCGUGCUUGCAUCCAUAUUCUCGGCUUACGCAUACGAAGAGUCUAUCCUUCGUCUAUCGAACCGCCUCUUAGAACGAAGCCUGUUCACAAGCGUCGACACAUCUGUCGAACUUAGACAGCGCGGGUGGAGGCCGCGUGGUUCUACAUGUGAAGCCUGCGGCAAAAGAGUCUGGGGUCCGGGCCUUGCCGGCACGACAGUUUUCGAGGCUUGGGAGGACAAGCAAGCAGCUGAAGAGGUGGCGCGACAUCAGAGGCAAACGCAAAUUGCGGAACGAGCCAAGGGCCACGCACGAGUAUCAGAUCGUAGGAGCAAGGGAAAGAGUUUGGACAUGCGACCGUCGAGCAUGCUUAUCGAGCAAAUCGCUGGAAAGUCCAAUAAGGAUCAGGUUCUAGGGCCGCUCGUCGUACUAGCCUGUCGGCACAUUUAUCACCAAACCUGCCUAGAUGCGCUACAGGAGAAGCAAGAGAAUGGUGUCCUGCCUAGGGAGCUGGAUUACAAGCAUUUCACCAUGUCUGGCACCGACGAGGACGACUUCGAUGGCGAAUAUAUAUCCGACAACCAAUCCUCGGGCUCUUCGGACCAGGAAUCGCCGCCGCCCCUGCUCUCGCAGAACUACUUCGCGCCUCCAUUCUACGGCCGACCACCCACGCCUUUGCCUCCAUCUCCAUCUCUGACCUCGCUGCUACGACCGUCUCGCCCAACAACUCCAGAUGCCUCAGACGACGACAUUGCGCCUGUUCCGCGCACGGCGCCCAGGGUGCCGACGUACGAGUACUAUGGCUUCGUGCUGUAUCUGUUCAGCAGCCUGGUCUUCCUCAUGUAUCUCCUCUGGAGCUACCUCCCGGCGCCAAUCCUGCACGCGCUGGGCAUCACCUACUACCCGGACCGCUGGUGGGCGCUGGCUGUGCCCGCGUUCCUGGUCAUGACGCUAUGCUACAUCUACGUGGCAUUGGCGUCGUACAACCUGGAGAUUCUGACGGUGCCCAUGACGAGCGUGGAGACGAUUGUGGACGGGGCGGGCAAGUUGGCCGUGAUUGAUUCCAAGGGCCGGCUCAAAGGGAGCAACAAGCGGGAGAGGAAGUGCGAGAGCAACGGCAAGCUGAGGUGGAGGGAGAUUUGGAACGAGGGGACAGAUGCGGUGCUGGAUAUUCCGCUGGCGGGAGUCUGCGAGGUGCUCUAUGGGGAGGGGAGGGAGCUGUCUGAUAGCGACGAGGGGAUGUAA